CUGAGGGAGCGCACUGGAUGCAGCGAGGAAUAACUCAGCUACACACACACACACACACACACACACACACACACACACACACACACACACACACACACAACACACACACACACACACACACACACACACACACACACACACACGCUGCUCCACAACUGGCAGAAAAAAAAAAAAAGAAAAACCUCAGACAUGGAUGACCCACUCACAAAAUGGCUCCACUUACACAGUAACAUCAACAACACGGCUGGAACGGACGUAGUGGACUCGAGCGAGUGGUGACGGUAUAAAAAUGAUGGAAAAACGGCAGCCGGAGCUUUGUCCUGGAAAUCCUGAUGCAGAGUCCGGUCCUGUAAAGCGAGAGGACUCCUCCAUCAUCUCCAGACAGAACGGAUGCAAGGAGGACGAGGAGCCGAGGAGAGAGGAGGGGGAGAAGGAGAGGGGAGGGCGCUUCAAGGGGGUUGAGGAGACGGAUGACGUUCCUCUGCAGAACUCGAGCAACGGGACCAGCAUCAGCAUCAUCAUCAACGGCGUUGCCAAGGAAACUGCCUCUCACAACGCCCUUGACCUGAAAAGGGAAGUGCCGGUGAUCGAGCUCUCCAGGAGGGACGCUAUAAAAGCGCUGGAGCAGAGGACUGAAAGCCAUUUGGUGCCGAUCACGGAACUUCGCAGACCUCCACCGCUGCCGCUGCCGCCGCCGCAACGAGACGACGCUCGAAUGGUCCAACUGAGCCCAAACGCGUUCCCUGUCCCGGCCCGGGCGAUGCUCUACAACCUGGCGCAGCCUCUCGCCGCCAUCAACAGUCUCGGAGGGGAGUCGGAGCAGUACAGCAUGUACCCCAGCAACAGGGUAAAGCGCCGCCCGGCGCCUUAUGAGGUUGAACUCGACGAGGGUAGGCGCAUUUUAGAUCUUUAUAAGUAUGCUGGCCAGCCAAAGAUUGUGCGGCGUAUCUUCACUAACAGUCGUGAACGCUGGCGACAGCAGAACGUAAAUGGGGCAUUUGCAGAGCUUCGCAAACUCAUCCCCACUCACCCCCCAGACAAGAAGCUGAGCAAGAAUGAGAUCCUGCGGCUUGCUAUGAAGUACAUCAGUUUCCUCUCCAACCUCCUUGAGGACCAGGAUGGAGGGAGGAAUGUUGGCAGCACAACUGAUGGGGAAACAGGGCUGCUGGUUGGGGCCCAUGAGGGGGGCCCACAGGGUGGACCACAUCAGGACACAGUCGUGGGCUUGGCCAGGGAUGAUCUUCUGGAAACAAUGUCACCGGGUUCCAGCUGUGGAAGCCUGCCUGAUGGCGAUGCCGAGGGCAGUCCUGAGAGUUUCGUGGAGGACCAGGACUCACCUCCUGCUCCAAGGACUCUAACAGCUUCACGUGGGCCCCCGCUUCAUCUAGCUUCUAGGGAUCUCAGGCGCAAUGGACGACCUUUAGAUGGCUCCAGUCGCCGAUGAUGCUGAUGCCAAAAGACACAGACACAAGACCUGAGACUGAAAGAGAACAUUGAGAGGAACUGGAAAGGAGAUGGAUAUGCUCAGGACCUGUUAGCUUUGAGUUGUCAGUGUAGGAAGGAGAAUCAAUCUCUGUGAAGAGAGAUAGUGUUGUCCAAACUGGAUCAUGAGUACGUUCCUGUCUUCGCUCGCUACACCUGAGGCAGCACUGAUGAAUUGCUUGGUUUGAUUGGUGAUCGGUUGAAUUUGAUCCGACAAAAGACUUGUAAAUUCUGCAUGUCUCAUGUCUUUGACUGAUCUGCGGAUUAUAACUUUUCUGUGUUUUCCAAAGUCCAAAGACAGGAUAUUCUAAAUAAUGAAAACAGACAAAAAGGAAAACAAGACCUAACCAAACAAAAAAUCAAUCAAGAGAUUGAAGUUUUGGCCAAUGCUUCACUAAUGAUACUAUUGAUUACAUUGUGGUGCAGCCAGAAUAAAUCCAAUAUGCUUGCAGAGUGCUGCAAGUAAAUGGUCCUAAAACAUCAAUGAAUAAACCCAGGGGAUUUAAGCCCAACAAAUUUGAUGUGUCAGAAUAAUGACACAAAAGUAAAUUUGCCUCAGUUGGAGGCCGUAAAUAAAUCAACCAGACUCUAUUGUACUCAUGCAGUUGCAUAUGUAUUGUAAAUAGCAUUAUAUUUCCACUGCACAGUGUAACAACAGUGACUCGAGUUCAAGUCAUGUGGUUUAAGAUGUACCAUAGUGUGUUUGUCAAUGGGUUUACUAGCAAAAUGGUCUUUUAGGAGACGUGAAACGAGGAAGAGGAGAGAAGAGACGAGAUGAACUCAAAAGGUAAAGCAAGCAACUGAUCGUAGUACAUCAAAUGUGGUACCAUUUACUUCUGUUACACACUUUGGUGAUGAGAAAAUGACACCAAAUACAGCAACAGACAGUCAAACAGUUUCACUGCCUGGAAUGAAUAUAUCUAUUUGAAAUUGCUGUGGAGGUACAAGACAUGCAGUGUUUCUUAAAGUGUACAAAAUAUGGGUCGUAUGAUAACAUGAAGUGACUCAUGCAGUCCUUUUGAUAUGAAUGUUUCAGUGUUUUUUUUAACUGUAAUGCAGUUGUAGUUUAGUAAGGUACACAAAUAAAUCCCUUCAUUGCCGCAUUUCACAUAUACACAUAGAGACGCGCGCACACACACACACACACACACACACACACACAAACAAUCAAUCACACAUACACAUGCACACACUACACACAGUGUUAAUAUCAUAAUAACACCAGCAGUUUUCUGACAAAUGCAGUUAAGUAUUGCUCACUGUUGUUGGUUAUUCUGCUUUUUCAGCAGGACCUAGUAGCCUAUAUUGGUACCUUUGGUAACUAUGGUAUUUUAUGAAUUGCAGUAAAGGGACAUUGUACGUUUGGUAAUGACAUAUUUGUUGUAUGAUAGCUGUAUCUAUAAAUAUAUCCAAUGUUAAAUCAAUGAAUUUUAUACAAAACCCCUGAAUAAAACACGCAGAGGAAAAGCAUUGA